AUGACUGGGAAACGUGGAUGCAAGAGAGAACAGCAGUAUGUCCAGCCGCUGACUUCCAAAUGGACUUAUUUAGCAUCGACAAACGAUUUGAACUCUAGGAUAUACUUAAAAAUGUUUGGAAAAUAUUUACUACAGGGUGUGCCACCAGCAAAGGACACUGGCUGGAUGGAGAAUGCAGUGAUGAGUCACGGAAUUCCAAGCACAAAAUGUAUGACAUAG